GUUUGAUUUAAAAAAUUUUCGAAACAUCGAUUUAAAUAAUGAAGAGAGCUUUUUAGAUAUUUAUUUACAAAAUCUGCGGAUGUUUCAUAUUAAUAAAGAUAUUUUGUUAAUGUCCUUUUGCUUGUUGUAGAAAGCUAAGUCUAGGGUGAUGGUGUAGGGCUUUAUCAACGGCAAUUAAACAAAAUUAUCUUUGAGUGAAUACUCUCUAACCACUUGUAAUCCAUUUAUAUGUAGACGUAUUAAUAACGCAUUAUAUUCAUGUGACAUGUGGUUUGUGCAAUUCAUUUCAGUUGAUGAGUAAUACUCAGAAUGUGUGGUCUAGUACGAGUAGUUUGUUUUUUGAUUCUAUUCUUUGAUUACCAAACGAAUGCAGCAAACAUACUGGCCGUCUUCCCCAGUCCUUCUCUUAGCCAUCAGGUGAUUUUUCAGCCUCUUACGAAGGAAUUAGCAAGUCGUGGCCACAAUCUGACUGUCAUCACUACUGAUCCCGUAUUCACUAAAGACAAUAUAUCAAAUUUAAGAGAAAUAGACGUCCAUGAUGUGUCAUAUAACAUUUGGAAAGAUGACUUUAUCGAACAAGAGAGGUUCGGCGAAAAGAGUAGCGUAUUUAAUCAGUUGAUAAAUGCCAAGUCUUUCAUGGUUAAUGUAACGACAUUGCAAUUAGAAGUUGAUGAGGUAAAAUCCCUUAUUAACAAUGAGGAUAUACAAUUUGAUUUGCUGUUGAUAGAAGCUUGGACUCGUCAUGCCUUGAUAUACUCGCAUAUAUUUAAGGCACCUGUGAUUCUUGUAAGUUCUUUUGGGAUGAUGUUAGGCAAUGAAGAAAACGUCGGCGCUCCGAUACACCCAAUUUUAUAUUCAAUGGUGUUUCAACAGAGAUUAUACAAUUUAACGUUUUGGGAAAAGUUUGAUGCCCUUUAUAGGGACUGGUGGUGCAGAACACAAUGGGUUUCGGGGGAGGUGGAAGAAAUUCAUCACUACAGGAAGUUAUUGGGUCGAUAUAUACCACACUACAAAGAGCUGAGGAACAAUGUCGAUAUGUUGUUUCUAAACAGUCAUCCAGUGUGGAUGAAUAACCAGCCAUUUCCGCCUAAUGUUAUAUCGAUUUGGGGUAUACAUAAAAAACCUGAAAAGCCAUUACCAAAGGAUCUCCAAGAUUUUUUAGAUUCAUCAAAACAUGGAGUCAUUUACAUAAGUUUUGGCACAAAUGCUCCAUCCUGUUACCUACCGUCGCAUUUUAUUCAAUUGUUAAUUAGAGUUUUUUCGAAAUUACCAUACGAUGUUCUGUGGAAAUGGGAAAAGGAUGUUCUGCCAGGAAAAUCGGAAAAUAUAAGAAUAUCAAAAUGGCUACCACAAUCCGACCUGCUGAAACAUUCAAAAAUCAAACUCUUCAUAACACAAGGUGGGCUACAAUCUACAGAUGAAGCUAUAACAGCUGGAGUGCCUGUUAUUGGAAUACCAAUGCUUGGAGAUCAAUGGUAUAAUGCAGAGAAAUUUGCACAUCACGGAAUUGGUAUCAAACUCGAUAUGGAAACUAUAAAUGAUAAAGAACUUGAAGCGGCUAUAGACAACGUAAUUAAUGAUAGAAGUUAUCGAGAUAAUGUAAUAAGACUUCGUAGUGUAAUGCGAGACCAGCCCGAGAGCGGGCUGCAGCGCGCCGUGUGGUGGACGGAGUACGUGCUGCGGCACGGAGGGGCGAAGCACCUGCGGUCCCCCGCCGCCAACAUGCCCUGGACUGAGUACUACGAAAUCGAUUUCUUGCUAAAAUUGCUUCUAAUUGCAUGUUCAUUUAUUGUUGCAUCUUUUAUAGUUUUUUAUUCAAUCUCGAAACUCGUUUUUGACAAUGUCAACCAAAAACGUAAAACAUUAUAAACAUCGAUUUGAAAUACGAACGGGAAGGUAUAUGUUUUUGUGUUUCCAAGAGUUAAUGAAUAGACCUUUAAUUAUAGUGUAAAGUCUUGUAGAUUAAUAAACAUGAACAUAGUAGUAUUAUUUCCUGUAAUUUAGCCCAGAAAAGAAAAAUACAAAUGAAAAAGACAGAAAAUCGCUAAACCUGAAUAAUAGAAUAGGAAUAAGUGUUAUGAAUUUAUUAUUUUUUUUGGCCAUUAAUAGCAAAAAAGAACAUCAAAUGAAAAUGUGAUGAUUUGCGAGAUGUGAGAAUGUGAAAGUUUGUAAGGAUGUGUGUGAGUUUGUUACUUUUUCACGCAAAAAC